CACCCCACCUUCCUCCCUUUUAAUUUAUAUGUCCAGCCUCGCUCCCGUUGCUCGUCACACCACGGACGCAAGCUGCACACACCACAGCGGCACGCACCGAUCGAUCAGCGUCGAGGUCGAGAUGUACCAGGCGAUCCCGUACAGCGCCGGGCGGCUGCCGGCGUGGCCGCGGCGGUCCGAGCCUGCCGAGGUCGUCGGCGCGGCCGGUCAGGAGAGCAGGCGGGCAGGCGACGGCGGGGAGGCGGUGAGGAGGGCGGUGGCGGAGAGCCCGGUGCUGGUGGUGGGGAGGCGCGGGUGCUGCCUCAGCCACGUGGUGGAGCGGCUGCUGCAGGGGCUCGGGGUGAACCCCGCCGUGCACGAGGUCGCCGACGAGGCUGAGCUCGCCGCGGCGGUGACUGGAGACGCCGGCGACGAGGCCGUCGUGGCGCUGCCGGCCGUUUUCGUGGGCGGGAGGCUCCUCGGCGGGCUCGACCGGCUCAUGGCCGUUCACAUCUCCGGCGAGCUCGUGCCCAUACUCAAGGACGCUGGCGCGCUCUGGCUCUGAGACAUUUUGAUUAGGAGUUAGUACAGCCAGUAAUCUCUUCUCCUUCUCAUUUCUUCUUUUGACUCGUGAGGUCAUGUGAAUUACUGCUGCUCGACCUUCCUCUCUGCUUGGGAUCAAUCAGUAAUGGUGAUGAUAGUUAGCUAGACGAUGAUAGUUUUAAAUUCUUUUUAAGUGAAUUUAGUUUCGACCACACACGCCUGUAAAUAGAUCGAUGAGUGAAGAUGGAUGUACUCUACUGGAGUAUUUAGCACUCCAUGUAAAUGAUGCUCGUUCCCUUCUGUACAGCAGCUAGCUUUGCAUGGUUCUCUGGAUGACAAUCAAUCAAUCUGUUCUGUUUUUGCCA